CAGCUGCGGGAAUCUGUUCACGCCAAACGUAUAGGUCCUAUGCUGGGCGCCUAUUGAACUGUUACUAAUGUAUUUUACCGGGACAUAGAAUAAGUGACGCUUUACCAACUUUACGAGUUACCAUUUUUAACGACACGUGCGUAGAACCUGUAUUUUACAUGUUUGCCUGAGGUGAAACGUAUCUGCCUUCAUUAUAAAGCGCGUUCCCGUCCGCCGAGUGGAAAGCUGCUCAUUCGAGCACAUACAGGCGAAGGGGCGGCGGCGCGUUUCACUUUCCUCAGUAGGAUGCCAGUGAAAUGGGGAAGGACAGCCAGGGACAGACUCGGGAUCCAACCGGAGCAGGAAUGAAGCGUCCCUCCAGCUCCCUCCGGUUGGCAGAGAGGGGGCAGUCUCCGGACGGCGAGCUGGGCUGCUCCCUGGGGGGCCAGGACGGCGUGUCGGAGCACAGGCCCAGGCGGGAGAAGAAGCCCAAGACCUACACCUUGUGCGAGGUGUGCAACAUCCAGCUGAACUCGCCCGCCCAGGCGCAGAUCCACUUCAAUGGCAAGUCGCACCAGAAGAGGCUCAAGCAGAUUGGCAACAGAAAGCAGAGCAGCAGGACAGGUACUCCAGCCCAAAGCAGCCCCCUGCUGGCCUCCCUCCCUGUCCCAGGGCGCCCAGUGCAGCCACAGCUGGAUCUCAAGCACCUUCUGCCCUUCCGGCUCGACGGUUCCUCCCCGCUUAGCCUCUUUCCCAAUUUCAACGCGAUGGAUCCAGUCCAAAAGGCCGUGAUCAACCACACCUUCGGCGCCCCCCACCCCCUCAAAAAGAAGCAGAUCAUCUCUUGCAACAUUUGCCACCUUCGCUUCAAUUCUACGAACCAAGCAGAGGCUCACUACAAGGGCCAUAAACACGCCCGCAAGCUUAAGGCCCUGGAGGCCCAGAAGAAUAGGCAGCGGAGCCCUGGACCCCCGCUGGGGAGGGAAGGCAGAGAGAAGGCGGGGCCGAUGGAGGGAAUGGCCCAGGACCCAAACCUGGAAGUCGUGAAGUUGGACGUUUCCCCUGGAAGCUCACUCAUGCUCACGCCUUCGCCAGACGGCCCGUCUUUGGAGCUGGCAGGUCUGGGGUCCUCCCAGGUGUCCCCCAUCUCCCAGGUGUCCCCCCAGGUGUCUCCCGCCUCCCAGGUGUCCCCUGUCGCCUCCCAGCUGUCGGAGAGCACGUCAGACACCGGUGUCCCUGAGGCUCCCGGCCAGGCCUUUGAACCCGGUCCCCAGGAGUCACCCGGGAGUGAGGGAGAGCCCCGGGCACAGGGGGACCGAGACCCUAAGAAGGACAGGCAGCAUCUCCACUGCCCCGUGUGCAAAGUCACUGUCAACUCCCUGUCUCAGCUGGAGGCCCACAACAGCGGUUCCAAGCACAAGCUGAUGCUGGAGGGUCAGAGCGUGCAGCCAAGGCGCCGCACUAAGCUGCUCUCCUCUCGGCUGGCCGGCAAGAGCAAGCGGAUGGGCGCAAAGGGCAGCGUUGGCGUCGGCAACAAAUCCUUCCACUGUGAACUGUGCGAGAUCUACGUCAACUCCGAGACGCAGCUCAAACAGCACACGAACAGCAGGAGGCACAAGGACCGGCUGGCCGGGAAGCCCCCGCGGCCCAAGUUCAGCCCCCACAGCAAGCACCAGCAGAGCUCUGUCUUAGCGAAUGGCAGAUGGAGCAGCUACGCGGGUGGGGUGGUGUCCGCCAUGAAGAAGGUGUUUGACCACUGCAGCCUCACCACACUGUCCCCGCAGACCAAACUGGCCCUGCAGAAGCAGCUGACCAAAGGCUUAACCACCAGCUUCCUACCCAGCCCGCUGAACCCGGCCGCCCUCUGCACCAUGGCCCCAAACCCGCUGGCCUUGCGUCACCCAGCAGGAACUGCCACCCUCAUCCAGACCCCUCUGCUGAGCCCCGCGCUCUUUCGGCCUGCCCCGGGGCCCCUGAGGGCCACGCACACUCCCAUCAUCUUCUCCCCAUACUAGACCCCAGAAACCCCAACCUGGAGAUGGAGAGAACUAUGCAGCCAGAUAAACAAAGUUAAAUGCUGAUAUCCAUCCCACGAGCUUCAGACACAUGGACUCUGUUACAGACACUUCACAGGAGCUGAGGCGUACGGUGGCUUUCAUUUGCUUUCUGAAGAGUGUUGGAGAAGCGUGAUUCUCCUUUAACAAGCAGGUGGAGCAAAAUCUGCACGGAGACCAUAGGUCAAUUCUAUUCAGCACAUUAUUAAUCUGUCAGCAGUAAGGGAAGGCCUGUUUGUUUUCCUGACAGGGCUGAUGCCAACUAGAUCCCUUUACUUGACGCUUCUUAAACAUUUCUUACAAGUAAGAGCAGGGAUUACGCACCUCUGGGGUCCCCACGCCAUUCCAAUCGCCAACUUGUACGCAACGAGGUGGCCCAGCAGGGGGUGCCGGAUCUGCACAGGGGCCGUGUGACACCUGCAGUGGAACAGCCAGAGUUUCUCUCCACCAGACAGCCCUAAUGGAAAUACACUCCAUGCAGCGCUUGGGGGGGGGGGGG